GGCCGUUCUGCUUGUUGCUGCUGCUGCUGCUGCACCGACCGAGCGCUCCCGGUGCCGCUGCAGUUGGUGACUCGCUUCUCAGCACCUUGGAGAGCUCCUCGGGCGCUGCGGCUUGAUUCCUUUGCAAGGAAUCACUGUAAGGAGGAAAGGAGCCAGAGGGAAGGAUAAGGCGCGCCAGAGCCCCUUCGGUCUCCCGUAUCCCCACAGAGAGAGAGAAAGAGAGAGAGAGAGAGAGUGAGUGAGAAAGAAGGAAAGAGAGAGCUGGAGGGACCGAACCGGCCUCCCUGGGUGAGGAGUAAGCUGGCAGGCAGCAGCCUUUGAUCUCGCUCUGCUUCUCUCCCUAGCAGCGGAGCCCGCCUGGGGAGGCAAGAGUUAAAGCCAUCAACCCACGUAAGCUUGGGAAGACGGCGGCGGUGCGUUCUCCGCCGUCCGCUGCCUCCGCCGCUCUUCGUGAAGGCUCCUUUCCCCCACCCCCCGAUCGGCUAGAGAUCCUCCCGCUCCUUUAGCUGCGAUUGCGAAAGCAGGCAGGAGGAGCCCGGGAGGCGUUGAAGGAAGGGCGCCAGAGCAAUCCGUCCAGGCUUUGUGCCGCUGCCAGUCGUGUCGUUCGCCCCGCCGAGUGCGGCCACUAGUCUGCGGCCAACAUGCUGGACCCGUCGUCCAGUGAAGAAGAAUCCGAUGAGAUCGUGGAAGAGGAGAGCAGUAAGGAAGUGCUGGCCCCAGCAGCCUCGGGGGCUCGGCUCUCUCCCAGCCGGACCAGUGAGAGCUCUGGGGGCGGUGGUGGCGGGAGCAGCGGCGGGCUGCAGCCCAGCAGCCGGAGCGCGAGCAGCGUCCGGCCUUCCAGCCCGAGCCCCUCCGUGGUGAGCGAGAAGGAGAAGGAAGAACUGGAAAGGCUGCAGAAGGAGGAAGAAGAGAGGAAGAAGAAGCUGCAGCUUUACGUCUUCGUCAUGAGGUGCAUCGCCUAUCCCUUCAAUGCCAAGCAGCCCACCGAUAUGGCCCGGAGGCAACAAAAGAUAAGUAAACAGCAAUUGCAGACUGUCAAGGAUCGCUUUCAAGCCUUUCUCAAUGGAGAAACUCAGAUUGUUGCUGAUGAAGCCUUUAUGAAUGCUGUCCAGAGUUAUUAUGAGGUAUUUCUGAAAAGUGACCGUGUCGCCAGAAUGGUUCAAAGUGGUGGGUUCUCAGCUAAUGACUCUCGAGAAGUCUUCAAGAAACAUAUCGAAAAGAGGGUCCGUAGCCUCCCUGAGAUUGAUGGUCUCAGUAAGGAGACAGUCCUGAGUUCCUGGAUGGCAAAAUUUGAUGCAAUAUAUCGGGGGGAAGAAGACCCACGCAAAGCUCAAGCCAGAAUGACAGCAAGUGCUGCUUCAGAGCUGAUUCUCAGCAAGGAGCAGCUGUAUGAGAUGUUCCAGAACAUCUUGGGAAUCAAGAAAUUUGAACAUCAGCUCCUGUACAAUGCAUGUCAGCUGGACAAUCCUGACGAGCAAGCAGCACAAAUUAGGCGGGAACUUGACGGUCGACUCCAAAUGGCAGACCAGAUUGCCAAGGAGCGUAAAUUUCCUAAAUUUGUGUCCAAAGAAAUGGAAAACAUGUACAUUGAAGAGUUGAAGUCCUCAGUCAAUUUACUCAUGGCAAACCUGGAAAGCAUGCCAGUGUCCAAAGGGGGCUCCGAGUUCAAGUUACAAAAACUAAAACGUAGCCACAACACUUCCAUCAUUGACAUGGGAGAAGAGAACGAAAACCAGCUCUCCAAAUCAGAUGUUGUGCUAUCUUUCUCCCUGGAGGUUGUCAUCAUGGAAGUUCAGGGUCUCAAAUCUUUAGCACCCAACCGGAUUGUAUAUUGCACUAUGGAAGUAGAAGGAGGAGAAAAACUACAGACUGACCAGGCUGAGGCAUCCAAACCAACCUGGGGAACUCAGGGUGACUUUUCCACGACACACGCCCUUCCAGCUGUGAAGGUGAAGCUGUUUACGGAGAGUACUGGUGUCCUGGCUUUGGAAGACAAAGAACUUGGGCGGGUUGUUCUUCAUCCAACACCAAAUAGCCCCAAACAAUCAGAAUGGCACAAAAUGGCUGUUUCCAAAAACUGUCCUGAUCAAGACCUGAAAAUCAAGCUUGCUGUCCGAAUGGAUAAACCUCAGAAUAUGAAACAUUCUGGAUAUUUGUGGGCCAUCGGCAAAAAUGUCUGGAAGAGAUGGAAGAAAAGGUUCUUUGUACUGGUGCAGGUUAGCCAAUAUACAUUUGCCAUGUGCAGCUACCGAGAGAAAAAAGCUGAACCUCAAGAGCUGUUGCAGCUUGAUGGAUACACGGUAGACUAUACAGACCCACAACCCGGUUUAGAGGGCGGCCGAACAUUUUUCAAUGCAGUGAAAGAAGGAGACACUGUGAUUUUUGCAAGUGACGAUGAGCAAGACCGUAUCCUCUGGGUCCAAGCCAUGUACCGAGCUACAGGCCAGUCCCACAAACCUGUGCCACCUACUCAAGUUCAGAAGCUUAACGCUAAAGGAGGAAAUGUGCCCCAGCUAGAUGCCCCCAUUUCUCAAUUUUCUGGACUGAAGGAUGCAGAUAGAGCUCAAAAGCAUGGCAUGGAUGAAUUUAUCUCUUCCAAUCCCUGUAAUUUUGACCACGCUGCCCUUUUUGAGAUGCUUCAGCGCCUCACUUUGGACCACAGACUUAAUGAUUCCUAUUCUUGUCUGGGCUGGUUUAGUCCUGGCCAAGUCUUUGUCCUAGAUGAAUACUGUGCACGUAAUGGAGUCAGAGGCUGCCACAGGCAUCUUUGCUACCUUGGUGAUUUGCUUGAAAGAGCAGAAAAUGGAGCAAUGAUUGACCCCACCUUACUACACUACAGUUUUGCCUUUUGUGCUUCACAUGUUCAUGGUAACAGUCAAACAAUGGAAAAGAUACUUGGUGGCAUACAGCCAGUUGCAAAUAACCCCCCAGCCUCUGAGGCAGAGGCCAAAAAGGAUUCCAAAAGGGAGUCCAAAAAGAGGAAAGAUAACAAAUCUCAGCCACCUCCAGAACAAAAAAGGCCUGAUGGAAUAGGAACAGUAACAGUAGAAGAAAAAGAGCGGUUUGAAGAAAUCAAAGAGCGGCUGCGAUUGUUAUUGGAAAAUCAAAUCACGCAUUUUAGGUAUUGCUUCCCAUUUGGCCGACCAGAAGGAGCUUUAAAAGCUACUUUAUCACUCCUGGAACGGGUUUUGAUGAAAGACAUAGUUACUCCUGUCCCUCAAGAGGAGGUAAAAGCUGUCAUCCGUAAAUGCUUAGAACAAGCGGCAUUGACUAACUAUACUCGGCUAUCAGAAUAUGCAAAAAUUGAAGGGAAAAAGAGAGAAAUGUAUGAGCAUCCUGUCUUCUGCUUGGCCUCUCAAGUGAUGGAUUUAACCAUUCAGAAUCAAAAGGAUGCAGCUCGAUCAUCAGUGCCCAAAGCCCCAGUUGGGCCCACUCCAUCUAUUAAUACACAAGCUAACAUGAUCAAUCUGAUGCUGAAAGGCAUACCUAAGCAAGAAUCAAAAAAUGUAGGUCGGUUAAUUACGCCUGCCAAAAAGCUAGAAGAUACAAUUCGUUUGGCGGAAUUGGUGAUUGAAGUUCUGCAGCAAAAUGAAGAACAUCACGCAGAGGGGAAAGAGGCCUUUGCUUGGUGGUCAGACUUAAUGGUUGAACACGCGGAAACCUUCCUCUCAUUGUUUGCGGUAGACAUGGAUGCUGCGCUGGAGGUCCAGCCUCCAGAUACCUGGGACAGCUUUCCACUGUUUCAGCUUCUAAAUGAUUCCCUUCGAAGUGACUAUAAUUUGUGCAAUGGAAAAUACCACAAACACCUCCAAGAUCUCUUUGCUCCACUUGUGGUUAGAUAUGUCGAUCUCAUGGAGUCCUCUAUUGCCCAGUCCAUUCACAGGGGCUUUGAGCGGGAAUCAUGGGAGCCAGUAAAGAGCUUAACAAGUAAUCUGCCCAAUGUGAACCUACCAAAUGUGAACCUCCCCAAAGUUCCAAAUCUACCAGUUAACAUCCCACUAGGCAUUCCUCAAAUGCCUGCCUUUUCUGCACCGUCAUGGAUGGCGGCUAUCUAUGAUGCUGACAAUGGAUCAGGAACAUCAGAAGAUCUGUUUUGGAAAUUAGAUGCCUUACAGACCUUCAUCAGGGAUCUACACUGGCCUGAGGAAGAAUUUGGGAAACACUUAGAACAACGACUAAAACUUAUGGCUAGUGAUAUGAUUGAAUCCUGUGUAAAGAGAACCCGGAUUGCAUUUGAAGUAAAGCUACAGAAAACAAGCCGAUCAACAGAUUUCCGAGUUCCUCAGUCAAUAUGCACCAUGUUUAAUGUUAUGGUUGAUGCCAAAGCUCAAUCAAUAAAACUUUGCAGUAUGGAAAUGGGCCAAGAGUUUGCUAAAGAGUGGCACCAGUACCAUUCAAAAAUAGAUGAACUAAUUGAAGAAACCGUCAAAGAAAUGAUAACACUUCUUGUAGCAAAGUUUGUCACCAUCCUGGAAGGUGUGCUGGCCAAGCUAUCAAGAUAUGAUGAAGGGACCUUGUUUUCUUCUUUCCUCUCAUUUACUGUGAAAGCAGCUUCCAAAUACGUGGAUGUGCCUAAACCAGGGAUGGAUGUUGCUGACGCCUACGUGACCUUCGUUCGCCAUUCUCAGGACAUUCUGCGUGAUAAGGUCAAUGAGGAGAUGUAUAUAGAAAGGUUAUUUGAUCAAUGGUACACCAGCUCCAUGAACAUCGUUUGCACUUGGCUAACAGACCGCAUGGACCUUCAGCUUCACAUCUAUCAACUAAAAACCCUUAUUAGAAUAGUAAAGAAAACAUACAGAGAUUUCCGAUUGCAAGGAGUUCUGGAUUCUACCUUGAAUAGUAAAACCUAUGACACAGUUCGAAACCGGCUGACUGUAGAAGAAGCCACAGCUUCAGUAAGCGAAGGUGGAGGACUCCAAGGGAUCACCAUGAAAGACAGCGAUGAAGAAGAUGAAGAGGAUGAUUAGAUCUCCAAAUUUAGAGUCCCCCAACCUGGAUGUAGCCUGGAAACCAGUGCAUGUAAUCUAGUCGGUUAUUCAAUUAGCCACAUUAGGAAAUUUUCUGUCUGCUCUAAACGCCCAUGAAAAGUCUACCAAUACAACUCCCAUUUUAGCUGUGUGGUUCUUAAGACUUAGCAUCUCUGUUUCGAUUCAUUGAGUUUCCUGAUUUCAUAUCUCUAUGUUUAUAAGCAAUAUGGAGCACCAUUGUUUAAAACAGUUAAUGGAAAAUAAAUCUGCAUAGAAAACAUACUAGGUGUGUCCCUAUGAUAAUUAAAGUAUAAAUGACGUUUCAUUAAUGUACGUAUAUACAUUGAUGGUAAAUUGUUGUGAAGACAAUUGAAACAAGUACUUUCAUAUGUUUGUUUCUCUUCUAUGGAUGCCAACUGCUUCGAAACAGAGUAAGGCUACUACAAGACACCUAUUUUGUACAUUUGGGGGAGGAGGAAUAUAAACCAGAAGCUGGGAUGAUUCCUGUUUAUUGUACCCAAGCACUUUUCUUCCAAAGUAUACAGCUAACUUUGUAGAAGUGACUGACCACUGGAAUCUUAGUCAUCCAUCUGCAGAAUGGGUUGACCUUGGGCUGACCUUGAUCACGUUGUCCUCCUUAUGAUUCUGAGCAGUUGCUUUAUGUCAGCGUCUUGCCCCUCUCAAUGUUACAUUUUGUUCAGAGUUCCAAUAACUGUGUUUGUAAAAAGGACUUUAAUUCCAACCUUAGACUAUACAGAUGUGUUUAUAAUAAUGAGGAUGCUAUAAUAACAAUAAUGAUAACGAACGACCAUUUCUUUUCGUAGACUGUAUCCAUCAUUUAAAUCUCCUUUUGUUUUCAUAAUGGUUUUUAUAUCUUGUCAUGUACAUUGUAUUUGGAUCAGUAACGUGCAUGUCCUUGCGUUUCCCCCCCCAAAUCCUUUCCAGGAGCUUUUAUUUUUUGUGUAAUAUAGUGGAUUCAUCUUGCUUUUUUGCCUUAUACAAGCCGACAGUUGUAAAAGUGUGGGGACUGUGGCUUUUCAAUAAAUAACUGUUCAGAUGUCCUGCUAAUAAAACACUGGAGUCUUUUUAUGUCUGCCUUAGGAAGAAGAAGAAGAAAAAAAAACAUAAACAAACAAACAAAAAGAUUAGUCAAUUUAACAAGAAUCCAUGUAAGAGCUCUAUCUUCUAGAAUAAAGGAAUUUUCUUUUCA